CACCUCCCCGCGGAUCUUGCUUCCUUUCCACUGUCACGCGCAAUCUCUCUCUCUCAUAUAAGAUGCCUUCCUCGAUCAGACUCACAUCUUCAGCCUACUCUCUGCUGAUCCUACACGCAGCUGCUCACCCUCAGUCGACAGUGACGGGAUUUCUGCUGGGCAAAGUGGACGGAAGCGGAGAUGCUGAUGGAGAGCUGACAGUGGACGAGGUCGUGCCGCUAGCACAUCAUUGGAACCACCUUGGGACUGUCGAGGACGUGGGCCUCGAACUUCUCACUUCUCACCUCGCAUCAACCUCGUCCAAGUUGAGUGUGAUCGGUGUGUACGAAGCUCCGGCCAAGGGAAGCGCUAUCGUCCUCUCCCAUUCGGCUCUUCGCUUGGCUGGGAAGGUCUCGCAGCAGAUCGCAAAGGGAAAGAGCAAGGAGAUCGAUGGUGGGGCUGGAGGAAGGAGCCGUCAAGCAUGCCUUGCUUUGUUGCUGCAAAAUGGCUCCGUCCUCCAACCUACCUCGCACGCACUCAAGCCCUUUUUCGUACCUCCUUCGAGCUCGGCUCAGACUUUCAAUCAGGACAAGCUUGCCGUAGAGGAUGCAGAGGAAACAAUCAGGACUCUGACGGAGGCAGUGAGGACAAAGGGGGCUUGGAAGGCAGUGAGGGAUCUAGACGACCAUCUGGAGGACACAUCCGUAGAUUGGCUCAACAACAAGCUCAUUGCAAGUCAAAGAAGCGUCACAAAAGCGUGAAUUAUACAACGGAAGACGUGAGGCUGACUAGGCGGACAAAGGAU